CCAACAGACUUCGACCAUGGCUCCGCGGAUAAACAAACAUGGCACAGCGAAGCGCGCUUUGGUCGCGGUUUUCUUGGCUUCCACCACUCAUUGGACCUUCACCGGGCCUCUUGCACGGCAACGGUUACCGCCGCCAGCGCAUGCGAAGCAGGAUUCGGCUGAGGAGAAAGCCUCGGGCAAGGAGGAUCUUCCCCAGCAACUGGGCCGCGCGCUGAGCGGUGCCGCCCAGAGCGUAGGCGAGUCCGCAGCAAGGGCGGUGAAGAGCAGGGUCGAAGAAGCCAAGGAGUCACUGCAGGCUGAGAUUGGCGCCCUGCCGAAGAAGAUCAGCAGCGCAGCGCAGGAGGCUGUGGAGGAGCAGAAGCAGAAAGUGAGCUCGGAGAUCGCGGCGAUCCCCAGCAAGCUCACCAGCGCUGCGCAAGAGGCGGUGGACCAGCAAAAGCAGAAGGUGGCCGCUGAGGUCGAUGCUGCCGUCGAGCGAGCCAAGCAGAUGCCCAAGGAGGUGGCCGAGAAAGCGGCCAAGAGGAUCCAGCAGCUGCCACAGGAGGCGCUCGAGGGUCUCUCAGGGGCGGCGCAGGCCCAAGCAGAGAAUGCGCAAAGGUCCUUGCAGAACGGCUUAGAGGGAGCACUUCGAGCCAUCCAGGAAGUGCCGAUCAGCUUGCUGGAAAGCAUCAAGGGCGCCAUUCUGGGCUUCUUCGGGGGGAUUGCAGGUGCGAUCCAAGGGCGCUUCGAGGAGAUUGGCCAGGCCAUCGUGGACACUCCCAAGAUGGCCCAAAAGGAGGUGAGUGAUGGACUGGUGAAGAUCCCAGGUCGUGUGCAGGAUGGUGUGAGCCAGGCAGUGACAGGGGCCACGGGUGCAGUGGCCAAGCCACUGCAGAAGGCGCAGAGCGACCUCGAAGAGAAGAUUCAGACGGCCAAGGAAGAUCUCAAAGCCAGCCCUGCGAAGACUGCUGAGUGGCUGAAGACAGGGGUCAAGAGGAAGCUGGAAGAAGCGCAGGAGGACACCGAACGGAUGGUGCAAGAAGUGAAGGGUGCUCCGAAGUUGGUGUCGGGCGCCGUGGAGGAGGCAACCUCCAAAGUGGGACAGGCUGCAAAGGAACGGGCGCAGAAGUUGAUCGAGGAGGCCAAGGGCAAAUUGCCCAAGACGCCAGAGGUCAAGCUCCCCUUCUGACGUGCGCCAUGGCCUUCCUUCUGAAGGAGAUGGGGCGUACCGGACAUUUGAAUUCUUGGUGUCUGCCGGUUGAGCAGAGCAUGUUGAUAGGAUGAGAGGGCGCCAUUUGAAGGUUCCACGUAAGGGCUGCGAGGUCGUU